AUGCACGAGAUCAAUAAUAGAGCUCUCAAUUCUAAUCAAGAAAUAGUCCAAUAUUAUGGAAAAUGGCCAUUUCAUCGACUCUGGGGAAUGCAAGAACCAGCAAGCGUACUAUUCAGCUUCUUGAACGGGUACAUGCACUACCAUUACCUUUCCAUCAUCCGACGAAAGAUCCCCGAAACAUACUAUAUGAAAAAAUUUUACAUUGGCUACGGGUACGCAUGUAUGAACUCUUGGUUCUGGUCGGCAAUCUAUCAUUCACGAGAUUUUCCCAGCACCGAAAAACUAGACUACUUUUCCGCCGCGUUCUCAAUACUUUUCUCAUUUUUCUUCACCACGACUCGCGUAUUUCACCUACGCAGCAGAAGGAUAAUUUCCGCGUUUGCUACCGUUUGUCUGUUGAUGUUCUUUGCACAUGUUUAUUACUUGACUUUUGUCAAAUUUGACUAUGAGUAUAAUAUUAUAGCGAAUGGGAUCGUUGGGUUCACACAUAAUUUAAUUUGGAUCUGGUGGUCGUGGAAGAAUUGGCAUAAUCGGCCCGAUGAUGCAUGGAAACCGUUGGCAGCGGUUAUUUAUGUUACGAUGGCUAUGUGCUUGGAGAUUUUUGAUUUUCCGCCUGUUUGGGGUGUUUUGGAUGCUCAUGCUUUGUGGCACGCUAGUACCAUUCCAUUGUCUGGAUUUUGGUAUGAAUUCUUAAUUAAAGAUGCAUCGAUUGAGAGUUUAAGAGAAAGAAAGGGUAAAGAGAGAUUGAGCUAG